AGACUUAGGGGAAGCUCGGCCGCGUUCCUGACCUGCGACCUGACCGGCUGGGACCAUGGGAUGCUGCCCGGGAGACUGCCUCAAUUGCUGCUCCCAGGAACAAGACUGUUGUGAGGAGUGUUGCUGCCAGCAGGGCUGCUGUGGUUGCUGUGGCUGCUGUGGCUCCUGCUGUGGCUGCGGAGGCUCUGGCUGCGGAUCUAGCUGCUGCGGGUCUGGCUGCGGGUCUGGCUGCGGGUCUGGCUGCUGCGGAUCUGGCUGCGGGGGCUGCGGAGGCUGCGGGGGCUGCGGAGGCAGCUGCUGUGGCUCCGGGUGCUGUGGCUCCGGGUGCUGUGGCCCAGUGUGCUGUCAGCCUACACCUGUGUGCGAGACGAAAUGAAGAUCUUUCCCCCAUCUAAUUGAGACAGUGUUGGGGACAGCCUCCGUCCACUCCAGAUGGAGACCUCCUCAUCUCCUGACUCGUUCUCACCUCCAAGACAUCAACAUGCCUCUCCUGUUACUUCUGAGAGGAGAGCUCGCCCUGGUGUCUAAGGCACUCAGGGGCCAAGGAGCUGCGUUUCAGUGAGGUGGUCACCAAGUUCAAUGUUCCUGGCUUCAUUUGCAUGAAGUCAAAUGCCUUGUAGCUAUGAGGUGUUUGGACUUGUUGGUUCACUCCAGCUUUCUGCUCCUUUGAAACUUUGUCAACCUUUUAAUAAAUUCAAGCAUGCUGGCUACCCUA